AGAGUUAUUUGUAUAUUUGAAUUGAUUGCCUAUCUCAGCUUAUUCAGUCAGACUUGAUUAAUUGAAGCAAUCAUUAGAAUGCAUGUUUCACAUUUGCUAAUAGCAAUUGUUUUAUUGUGUAGUAUUUGUCUAGUAUAUACAUGUUCAGGUUCAGAAAUUAAUGAGGAUAUUAGGUUACAUAAAAAUUAUCACCUGAUAAAUGACCGGACGUGUGGACUUGUUUAUCAUAAUCGUAUCGUUGGAGGUAAAAACGCAAGGAUCGGUCAAUUUCCUUGGAUGGCACAAAUAAAACUAGGUUGGGAAGAAAAUGAAAGCUCAAGUUCUAUCCAAAAUCGGUGGUUCUUCGUAAUCUGUGGUGGGGUGAUUGUGAAUAAAUUUUAUGUUCUGUCAGCUGCUCAUUGUAUCCUUGACACGAAUUCAUAUUCGUUAGGUAUCGCGUUGGGUGAACAUACUACUAACCAAGAUCCAGAUUGCGAACAGAACGUGUGUGCACCAAGGGUACAAUACAGAGCCAUAGAGAGAAUAAUAAAGCAUUCAGAGCACGAUGGUUCAAAAUUUUUAAACGAUAUUGCAUUAAUUCGCCUAAGAAAUCCUAUAAAAUUUAAUGAUUACGUAAAGCCAAUAUGCUUGGUUACUGACGACCAGGGUUUAAACUUCACGAACGAAUAUGCAGAGGUCGCAGGAUGGGGUGUGACAAGUCCAGAAAUAAAUGAGAAGUCAAAUGUUCUUCAGACUCUUAAGCUUAAAAUUGGGCCAGAAGACUAUUGUUCAGCUUUGUAUUGCAGAGCUAUGGCAUUUAAAAAUAUUUCAACAGAAAAUCCACCGAAAAAAACUGUGAUUUGUAUUGGAAAUGAAGUUGGUAAAGAUACUUGCAGAGGGGACUCGGGUGGCCCUGCGAUGAAGGUUUUGAUCAAGGAUGGUCAGCCAAGAUAUUUCCUUAUUGGUAUUUUAUCAGCAGGGUCGACCAUCUGUGCCAACGGAUCAGGAGCGUUCUUUACCGAUGUUUCUAAGUACCUCAGAUGGAUACUGGACAAUAUACAGCCUUAAAAAACACUUAAAUGUCAAGGACAGUACAAAACCUUCGCUGAUAACGAUACUGAUUGCACCGUUAAGCCAAAGGUGAACCUAUGUGAUGCACGGAUCAAAGAAACCGCCUCUGAGCUGAUAGAACCGUCCCAUUCUGUUCAAAAUGACGGCAUAUUUCAUCAACCUCCACCCUGGCCCGUUCAUUAAUAGGUGGUAAAUAAAUCAAUAUCCCCAUGAGUAGGAUUUAUUCUUUAAUGAGCACUUGGCGAAGCUUCUUCUUCCUAUCAGGAUAACGGGAAUUUAAUAUAUCUCUUGUGAUUAAGAAGGAAUGCCGUUGAUAUGCUAUAUUUUAUGUUCCUAAUGUACCUCAGUGUAUAUUUUCACACCAUUAUCUAUAUCGAUAAAAAAAAAUUCAUAACAUCAUUCGUAUUCAAUGCUUGUUUACACGUCACAUAAAUGGUUAUUCGUUUUGUUUAAAUUUUAUGUAGGCCUAGAGCAUGUUGUGUCUCUAACCAAAAUGUUACGGUAUUAAAAUGUUAUUUGCGUCAUAAUUUUAUAGUCACUGUACCUUUUCUAUGAACUGACUACUGAGAAGGCGGUGUGGUGGUAAGUGUGUUUUUUUGUAUAGGGAGUGGAAAAUAAGAGGUAAAAUUAUUAUUAAACUUGUAAUGGUUCAUUUGAUGCAUAAGAAAUUACAGAUAUGUAAUCCUUAAGUUUUCUGGAGUAAAUGUAUCUUUUGCGUUUAAUUUAUGGUGAAAAAAAGUUUUCUAUACAAACAAUUAUAGCUUUUUUCCUUCACAAAAUGAGAAAGGAAUAAGAAAUGAUGUGAGAACUGUAUAUAUCGAUGUGACUUGUAACUUUCUGUAGGAAUAUGUAUUCGUGUUAGAUAUUAUUAGAUUAUUAUUAGAAUGUAUUGUUUUAUUAACAUUUAAUAUUACUCAAAAUUAUGUUUUUCAGGAUAUAAUUAAGAAAUUAAUUAAUGUAGAUAACAAUAUUUUAAAGUAAGUGAAAGAAUAGUAUCAAUACGUAUUAGUAUAUAACAUAUAAAUACUUUUAUUUUUAUUCAAUACAAUGAACAAUAAAUAAAGUAAAUAUUAUUGA